CUUCCUCGCCUUAUAUACAUGUUCUAUUUUUUCAAACCCUUAUCUCCAUUUCCUUGUGCUGGAAAAAAAAAUGGCUACUCUGAAGCUUCUCUUCUUCAUACUCUACCUCUGGUGGGCCAUCAGAGAAACAUGGGCUAACGAACGCCUCAUCAGUCCAUCAAAGCUGGAGAUGUUCGUGGAUGACCUUCCAGACAUGCCCAAGAUCAAGGGUUUCACUAUUAGAAAUGGCGUCCCAGGGUCGAGAUCAAUCAAGAUAGGAAUGUUCGAGAAGAAAUGGAAAUUCCACAGGGACCUUCCACCUACACGUGUCUUCGCGUACGGCACUUCCAACGAGACGGCAACUGUACCGGGCCCCACAAUCGAAGCUCUCCAGGGAAUCGAGACACGUGUCAGAUGGAAGAACCACCUCCCCUCCGAGCACAUCCUCCCGUGGGACCCAACCAUCCCAACUGCCACCGUUACUAAAGGAGUUCCAACGGUCGUCCAUCUACACGGCGGCAUACACGAGCCGGAGAGUGACGGAAACUCUAACGCCUGGUUCACGGCCGGCUUCAAACAGACGGGCCCAUCAUGGUCCAAGCAAACGUACCACUAUCACAACGUCCAGCAGCCUGGAAAUCUCUGGUACCAUGAUCAUGCAAUGGGCCUCACACGUGUCAACCUCCUAUCGGGUCUGAUCGGGUCCUACGUCAUCCGCCAACCUGCCAUCGAGGACCCACUUGGGCUCCCAUCGGGACCCGAAUUCGAUCGCCACCUCGUGAUAUUCGAUCGCAGCUUCCGAACCGAUGGAUCGAUCUACAUGAACUCCACCGGCAAUAACCCGUCGAUCCACCCCCAGUGGCAGCCGGAGUACUUCGGCGAUGCUAUGAUCGUUAAUGGAAAGGCAUGGCCACGGAUGAAAGUGGGCCGCAGGAAAUACCGGUUUCGGAUCCUCAAUGCCAGCAAUGCGAGGUUCUUCCGGUUCUUCUUUAGUAAUGGUAUGACAUUCAUCCACGUGGCAUCGGACUCGGCCUACCUGGCAAGGCCUGUCACCGUCCGUAAGCUCCUCGUGGCCCCAUCCGAGAUCGCAGAUGUAAUUGUCGAUUUCGCCACGUCCACAUCCGAUGCGGUGAUCCUGGCCAAUGACGCGCCAUAUCCAUUCCCAUCCGGUGAUCUGGCUGAUGAAAUCAACGGGAAGGUUAUGAAAUUCAUCAUCGAUCAGAAUCGGACGGUUGACACAUCACGUGUCCCACCUAAAUUGAUAGAAUAUCCCGCACCGACAGAACAUGAUGCCGUUGAAACUCGAUACAUCGCAAUGUAUGAAUAUACAAGUGCCACGGAUGAGCCAACGCAUCUCUACUUAAAUGGGAAGGCGUACGAGGAGCCGGCCACGGAGACCCCUAAAGUGGGGUCCACCGAGGUGUGGUAUGUGAUUAAUCUGACGGAGGAUAACCAUCCAUUGCACAUCCAUCUGGGAUUGUUUGUCACGUUGGAGCAAACGGAGCUGGUGGGGAUUGAAGAGCUGAAGGACUGCAUGAUGAAGAUAAACGAUCCGAUCAAGUGCAACGUCAGCAAUCACUCACGUGGCAAGCGGAUCCCAGUGCCUGCUCACGAGAGAGGGUGGAAGAACGUGUACAAGAUGAGCCCAGGGGCAAUCACUAAAAUCCUAAUCAGAUUCUCGCUCCUCCAGCCAAACACUCCUUACCCUUUCAAUGCGUCCGCGGAGCCCGGCUACGUGUACCAUUGCCACAUUUUGGAUCAUGAAGACAAUGUCAUGAUGAGGCCCUUGAAGAUCACUUCCUAAUAUAAGACAGGGAUAGCCGUUGAUCUUCUUAUUAAUGAGAUGAUACAUGCAGAUUUAGGUAAAUAGUCUUUCAUACAUUUUCAUACAUGAUUGCUAUGUAAUGGUAAAAAUACUUUACAUGAGAACUCGACUCAACUCGGAACGCAGUUGAGUCGACUCAAAAACUCGUCAGAGUUUUUCUGAGUAAUUUCGCGGUAUUGUUUAAUAUUUAAAAGUAUAGAUAAUGUACGAGUAAUGAAUAAUUUCGGGUGGAGCUCAGUUGAGUUUUA